AUGGACUCUGUCAUUGCAGCUGUAUGUCACAAUGAAGCUUCAUUGUCGUUUUGUAUUGGUUUAAAAUCAACUCUUAUGGAUUUGAAGGAUAAUAUUUUUUUAAAUUGGGUUCAACUAUCUCCAUUCACUAUUGAAAUCAUUCACAAAUUUGGUGAGCAGCAAAAGGUACUUCAGUCUAAUUAUGAUCUCCAAUCAGCUAUUGUGUUUUCUCUGUUUAACAAGUUGCCAACACUAGACUUAUAUGUAUAUCAUAGAGGUGAAAGUUCAAGUUCAGUAUGCCACAUAGGUGCUAUCUCAAGUUCAUCAUCCCAUGGGUCAGAAGUUGUACCUGUUAAUCAGCCACUAGUUACCACUGUCACUGAUUAUGAUGACCCUAAAGUAGUCAAAGAACCGUUGAAAUCCGCUCGUUGGCUAGGUUUUUUUCACAGUGUUGAACAAGUGUUUCCAGGAGGUGUGGACCAAGUGCGUCACGAUUUGAUGAAAUAUCAUGCUGCAAAUGGUUAUGCAUAUAAGGUAACAAGAAACGAGAAGUUGCGGAUUGCUUCUUGUUGUGCUAACAAGAAGAAGGACAAGUGUAAUUGGCACAUGUAUGCUAUUUCUUGUGACGGUGUUGAAGGAAGUCCAUUUAUUAUCAAGGAGUUAAAUAAUCAGCAUACUUGUGACGGUGGAUUUAUUAACGUUCCAAAUGUAUCGAAGAAUCUAAUAAGUUCCUUGAUCAAGGAUGAGAUUAAACAGAACCCAAAGAAGAAGACAAAGGAUAUCAUGGAACAAAUUAGAAGAGAAUAUGGAUUUGAUAUAAGUCGUUAUUAUGCAUAUGAAGGGAAGAGACAUGCACUGAAUAUGGCAUGGGGAGAGGAUGAGAAGUCAUUCGCUUACUUGCAUUGGUAUACAAAGCAAUUGUCUGAAACCAAUCCUGGAUCCCGUGUUGUUUUGGAAACUGACGCGAGUCAAAAGUUUGUGAUAUUGUUCAUUGCCUUCGGAGCAUGUAUCCGUGGAUUUAAUUACUGUCGUCCCUUGCUAUUCAUGGAUGCAGCACAUUUGAAGAGUAAAUAUCUCGGUCACAUGAUGGCAGCAACAAGACUAAACGGGGAUAAUGGAAUUUACCCUUUAGCUUAUGGUGUGGUUUCAUCUGAGACUGAUGCGAAAUGGAAAUGGUUUAUGGAGCAACUCAGGGAUGUCGUUUCUCCUCAAAAAAAACUUACAUUUGUGAGUGAUCGAGGUAGUGGUUUAGUCAACCAAAUCCUCGUCAUUUUUCCAGGUGCGUAUCAUGGGUGGUGUUACUGGCACAUGUCAAACAAUGUUAAUGCAUGCUUGCCUAAGUCAGCCAAGACAUAUAACAAUUAUGUGUUGAAGUUGUUUGAAAAAUGUGCAUAUGCGAAUACACAUGUAGAGUUUAAGGAGAGUUGGGAUGAAUUGAUGUUGGUUAAAAAUCGGAAGCUACAAGAAUAUCUUUGUAGGGCUCCACUUGAUAAAUGGGAAGAGAGGGAGAUGCCUAUUGCUGUCAUGGUUGAUAAAAUACGGCUGAAGCUUAUGGAAAUGAUGUGCAUUCGUCGUGAAGAAUGUGUGACAUCGUUCGAUUGGCGAGGAGUUUUGUGUCCAAAAAUGGAAACUGAACUCUAUAAUAAUAAGAUGCAUGGUCGUGAUUACAAUGUUACCAAGUCGUCUGAAUUUUUGUAUGAAGUUCAUGCCUCAUUAACACAAAGGGUUGAUUUGAAAGAAAAGACAUGCUCUUGCAACCACUGGAAAAUCAAUGGCUUCCCUUGCGCCGAUGUUGUUAGAUGUAUAAUGGGGAAUGGUGAAGAUCCUUAUGAAUAUGUUGAAGACUACUUCACCGCUAAGUUCUAUCGAGAGUCGUAUUCAAGACCAAUCCAUACAGUUCCCACAGUUGAAAGGCCUGCGACAACUUCUCCCAAGUCUGUUGUUCAUGGACCUAAAGUUUUGCCACAAUCAGGACGUCCAAGUAAGAAGAAAAGGAUUCCUAAUAUAAGUUCAAUUCCCAAGAAGAAGAUGAGAACCUGCGGUGGCUGUAAUGAAUUGACUACUCAUAAUCAAAGGACGUGCCCUAAUAAGCAGACGUGA